CUCCUGCUUAUAAAAAUGCCUCUGGCUUUUCAGUAGUGGGGUCAUCAGAAUCCCUCUCAACUCAGCUUCAUAGGGCUCAGAGAUGGUCCUCCAUCCUCGCACCAACGGCUCCCAUUCCCAGGCUAAGGACAACGUCCCAGACCCUGACCUCUCUGCCACAUCCCCCGACCUCCAACUUCUCUCUUCCGUAGCCGCCGCCGCCGCCGACGACGACGACCCCAAUGCCAGCAGCCUCUCCAUCAUCGAGCAGCAACAGCCUGAGCAGUCGGUGCCUCCCAAAAAGCCCAAGGACCGCCACACCAAGGUGAAUGGCCGGGGCCGCCGCGUCCGGAUGCCGGCCCUCUGCGCCGCCCGCAUCUUCCAGCUGACCAGGGAGCUCGGCCAUCGUUCCGACGGCGAGACCAUCGAGUGGCUCCUACGCCAAGCAGAGCCUGCCGUCGUCGCUGCCACCGGUUCGGGCACUUUCCCCAAGACCAUGGUCACCAGCGUCGGGAGUCUCCCACCGUCCCACCUGAAUGUGUCGACCUAUGCGACGGUGACCAGGGUGCAGCCAUCGGCUGUGGUUAUCCCCGGCAUGGGGGGCUUUUUCGCGGUCCCGCCACCGCCCAGGUGCAGGUUGGACCUGCGCCAGCCACCGCCGACGGAGUUAAGCGGUGGGAUCAAUGCGUACAGCCAGAUGCCGUAUACGGCGUUGCUGUUGGAGCCGUCCCCUAGGGGAGAGGAGCAUGCUGAGUCAUCUGCAAAAAAUCGCGAUGAUUUUUGGCACCUCUGAAGCCUGAUCUAUGACAUUUCCAUAGAUGGACGUAUAUACCUACCCCGUAGCAGCAUAUGCUUUCGCUGGGGGGUGGGGGUUAGGGUUUAAGUUUGUGCUUCCUUCUUUUUCUUU